UCAUCAUCGGAGAGGGUCAUUCACAUGAGUGUAGAGUUCGUUUUAUCUGUGUCCUGUUUAUAAAAGUGUUUAUUUUUAUUAUUUUUUUUACCGUAGCCUGAGUCUGUUUACCAAAUCCAAACCAUGUUACGAACGAUUUGUCGGAGAGGCGGAUCCAUUUUGUUGCAAACACAGAGCGCUACACCGAGGCUGUGGAUCACACCGGUCCAGCAGCGAUGGGCCUCCAGCUUGCCCAUGAACACCGUCAUCCUGUUUGUGCCCCAACAGGAAGCCUGGGUGGUGGAGAGGAUGGGUCGCUUCCACCGCAUCUUAGAACCGGGUUUGAACUUCCUCAUUCCCAUUCUUGACAGAAUUCGCUAUGUGCAAAGUCUUAAAGAAAUCGUGAUCGAUGUUCCAGAACAGUCUGCAGUGUCUCUAGACAACGUAACACUACAGAUUGAUGGAGUGCUUUACCUCAGGAUCCUAGACCCGUUUAAGGCCAGCUAUGGCGUUGAGGAUCCGGAGUAUGCAGUCACACAGCUGGCACAGACCACCAUGCGUUCAGAGCUGGGCAAACUGACCUUAGACAAAGUGUUCCGGGAAAGAGAAUCCCUCAAUUCCAACAUUGUCCACUCCAUCAACCAAGCUUCAGACGAGUGGGGCAUCCGCUGCCUCCGUUAUGAAAUCAAAGAUAUUCACGUCCCGCCUCGCGUCAAAGAAUCCAUGCAGAUGCAGGUUGAGGCGGAGCGUAAAAAGAGAGCCACGGUGCUGGAGUCUGAAGGGACAAGAGAGGCAGCCAUUAAUGUCGCCGAGGGUCGUAAGCAGGCCCAGAUCCUGGCCUCCGAGGGAGAAAAAGCAGAACAGAUCAAUAAAGCAGCUGGUGAGGCCCAAGCUGUUUUAGCUAAAGCUGAGGCAAAAGCAAAGGCCAUCCGCAUGCUGUCCGACGCUCUGGCUGAGCAAAAUGGAAAUGCAGCUGCGUCUCUGAGUGUGGCUGAACAGUACGUGUCUGCGUUCUCCAAUCUGGCCAAAAGCUCAAACACCAUCCUGCUGCCGUCGAACACGGGGGACAUUAGUGGAAUGGUCUCACAGGCCAUGACUAUUUACAGCACGCUGGCCAAGACGAACCCAACAACAUCUCCAGAAGUGGUGGAGAAGAAAAUGCCGGAUGUUCUAGACCAGCUGAUUCCACCUGAAGAGGAGAGGACUCAGCAAAUGAACUCAGAACAUUAAAUAACAAAGAACGGAGCCAGAUGAAGCAGCUGAAGUCAAACGUUCUGAUGGAAUAUUCAGGAAAAGCUUCAACCUUUACAAAGUCUGUGUGGUGGUGGUGUCCUGGACUAAUCACGUUUUCAUAGAGGAUCCUCCCUGAUCCUCCUCCUUCAGUUAUGAUUGGAUUCUAAAGUUAAGAGCAGCCUUCAGGAAACUGAUGGAAGUGUCGUCUCAGUUAUGAAUGCAACUUUUCCAUGCUUUAUUUUAGUACUGCAAACAUUUCUCUUCCAAAAGAUUUACAUGAAAUAUAACACUGUCUACCUGCUUCUCCAUUUAUUGUGUUUUAAAAAGCUGUUCUAGUUUCUAUGGGAUUUUAGUUGGAAUGGUGGCUCAGAUGAGCUGUUUGAUUAAGAAUAAAUAAAUAAAUAUAUAUAUAAAUACA